GGCUGCUCUCUCCACAGGAGAACCCCCCACCUCCACCCCCUUUGCAUCUGAUGGUCCCCGGAAAGCUUCCCUCACCGACCUGCGAUCGCGGGCAGAGCAAAUCUUAUGGUAUCUUCAACCACAGAAGCCCUUCGUCACACCGCGGCCACGUUAAUCAAGGAAGGCCGUCGGUGGGACCUACUCCUCUUUCCCGUCGCUUUUCGCCGCGUUUGCGCCGAGGAGACGAUGGUCACGCUGGCCCCAUGGAGUCGUCGGCGUCGCUUCAAGGUGUGAACACCGCCGCUGGCCAGCUGACUCUUCCGCAGCAAGAGAGGGGUAAGAAGCCAAGGGUGGCCGAAAAGGAGGGCGGGGGCCAGCUGGUCCCCACCGAAACCUUGUUUCGAACCACACCGUGCAGUCAGGGCCUUAGGGCUCGAACGGUGGAGAUCUUGGACAGGGCAUACGGGCUGAAGGUGUCAGACGAGAAUCUGGAUGAAUUGUGCUACAACAGGUAUGUGCAGCGCGCGCAGGAAAUCAUGUGCCGGGAAGCCAGCGAGCCGGGUUUUCCUUUGGUUGGAGGAAACCCCUUUUCAUCAAAAAAGGCUAACGAGCCGGCCGUCUCCGGCCAGCGCGUCGCGGCCAAGAUUCCCAAGGGAAAGGAGCCCGUAACACAUUAUGUACUCGAGUCAGCUGAAGUGCCAGCACCCCACAUCAACCUUAUCAUCGUGAGCGACGACGACGAGGAGGAGGAGGAGGAGGAGGAGGAGGAGGCUAACAAGGUCGCCGCUGAGACCAACAAAUCCUCCGUGAACAUCGUGGAUCCUCGUGCGGCAGCAGCUGUGGCGAUUGCGCCAGUCCUUCCUGCUGCGACUUCUGCGCCGUCUCCAAUUACCCCGGCGGCCGGGAUGCCUAUGGCCUUUGCAACAGAUUCGGCUACCCGUGCUACUUAUGGCCAUGGCAAUGGCGCCGCCGGCGUCUGCGCACGUGGGAUCAAAAGGCCACACGCUCAUGAUGCAACCUUUGCACCGGCUCCGGGCGCGGGGGCGCCAGUGGCCUUUGCACCAGCUCUGGCUACCCCUGCUGCUUCCGAUCAUGGGAACAUGGGCAGGAUGGCCCAGGAACUGCAGGACAUCGAGGCCGUAUCCGCCUCCAUGGCCCGGACCCAGACGAUAUAUCGCCGCUCGGUGAGCGCCAGGUCGAACCUGCCACGGUGGGGGUGUCAGAGCCUUCGAACCCCCACGACCCGCUCGGCUCCUGCACAUUGCGGUUUGCUGAUGAAACGCAACACCACGGGGCCAGCCCCUGCCUAUGCUGGUUCCUCAUACCGUGCCCCUGCGGCUAACAUAAGCAGCUCCGCUCCCGGUUCUUCAUCCCGUGCCCCUCCUGCUAAAAUCACCAGCUUCGCUCCGGGCUCCUCAUUCCGUGCCCUUCCUGCUAACAUCAACAGCUCUGCCCCUCCUGCUAACAUCAGCAACUCCGCUCCGGGCUCCUCAUCCCGUGCCCCUCAUGCUAAAAUCACCAGCUCUGCUCUGGGCUCCUCAUCCCGUGCCCCUCCUGCUAAAAUCAGCAGCUCCGCUCCGGGCUCCUCAUUCCGUGCCCUUCCUGCUAACAUCAGCAGCUCCGCUCCAAGCUCCUCAUCCUGUGCCUCUCCUGUUAACAUCAGCAGCUCCGCUCCGGGCAUGGCUACGCCGGAGCAAGGGAACGGGAAUCGUGGCUUCAUCCGCCUCUUCGGCGUCAACAUUGCCCAGCAGGAGUAGGCGAUACUUCUGCAAGCGCUACCGGAGGCUUGCAGCUCAGCAUGCUAGUCCCUUAGCUCGCUCAUGAUUUCCCGCUGCUGAUUCUCAGUCAGUGCGGCAAAAUAGUAUCUUUGCUUCCGUUAUUUACUUUCGAGAUGAUUACAUUGGUUCAGAUUUUACAUAGUUCGUUCAUACUAGAGCUUUUAGCCUGUAUGUAGGCUUUCCAGAUUUAUCGGUUUUAUGAACUAUUUCAAGUUUGAUUCUAGGGUUCAUACCAGAGCUUGUAGCCUUGUAGGCGUUCCAGAUCAACCAGUUGUAUGAAUCACUUCGGUUUAGAUUCUAGAGUUCAUACAGGAGCCUGUAGCCUUUUGGCUUUCCAGAUGUAAUCAGGUGUAUGAAUUAUCUCAUGGAA